AUAGGGACUAUUACAUCAUUACCUCGCUAACAUAUGAGUAUGGAGUCGACCCUUUUUGUUCAAGACCAGCUAAGCGAGCGAAGAUGAACUUGAUGUGUUAGUACAUGCAGGUAACCGAGGAUAUCGUUUUCAACGUUUUGACUUUAGAAACUCUCCCCAUGCUCGUGCAGUUUUCUCAGCGACAUUCAUAGAUAAACAGUUGUUAAUAAGGACUAGAAAUGACGGACGAAUCUGUCUCCUUUUCUUUCGGAAAAUGCCGUAUAUGUACGGGGAAGGCGAUGGGAGUUCACUACGGCACCGCUACUUGUGAGGGUUGCAAGGCAUUCUUUAAGCGUUGGAUGGACAGAGACAAAACGCUAGCUUGCUAUUUUGGCGGGAACUGUGUCAUCACACCGGAUACACGUCACUGUUGCAAAGGUUGUCGAUUCCGGAAAUGCAAAGAAAAUGGAAUGUCAAUUGAAGCGAUAAAAAUGGGAAGGAUUCCAAAAAUUGAGAAAACAGCCGCAAUUGAAGAUUUUAAAAGAUCCAAAAAAGAAACCAAAACACCUAACUCGGUCAAAGAGAAUAGGCCACAGAAGAAAAAAUAUAACAAUGCUGAUAGUCAGGGAAUAAACCAAGACACUGAUCACUCGUCAACACUAAAUCCAGAUCAUCAGGAAACAGUAGAAAUGUCUGAGUGGUCACCUCUAGGACAAAGCUCAUUUUCUAGUUUAGAUGGGGUAUUUAAUGGCGGCCAGCUACCCAUCAUUGUCCUAGAGAACGACUCCGCGACGUUACAAAAUGAUCAUAGCGUAGAAGCAGUCAUAUUUCCAUAUGAUGCUCGUACAAACCACAGCGAUAAAACAUCUAAUCACCAGGAAGCCAGUGUCUCCUUUCACGGUCAACAAACGCUGUUGGCGGAUCAGAAUUCUACAGCAGAUGAUAUCUGUCAAAAUAGUGCCGGUCAGUCCAAUUUUACUCGAGGUAUGCUAGGUUCAGACCGAACGGAGACCGACAGCGGUCCUACAUCAAUAAAUGAACGUUCGAAAACCCAACACAUGUUAGUGGAAAAUACAGCCGAUCUCCCAGCUUCUCAAAAUUAUUUGAGCCAAUGUAAGCAACCCAGAUUAUCUGAAAUAUCACCGAAAAUAAUUACAAGUGUGGAUCACCAAAUCACUGAAACACCAGACAAUUACCACAUCGAUGGCAAUGAAUCAACCGGAGACGAAUGUCCUAAUACAGCAGACAAACAUAGGAAUUACAUAGACAAGGCUAUUAUGGAUUCCAUUGGUAUGAUUGUAGAUGGUCCCGAGGUUUAUGAUACAACGGAACUACACGAAUCAACUAAGGAUAUGCAAACCGGAGCGGAGGUAUCAGAGAUAUAUGAAAUAGCCCGCGACAGUUCGCAUCUUCAUAACUACGUACGGUUACUGACCACCUUAUCAGAGAACGAGUCUCUAGGGAACGAACUCGGAAACCAAAGUGACCUCUCAAUCGGGAAUCAUCCGGGUGAUCAUUGGUCAAUGGAUUCUAUACUUUCGAUCGGUGAGACAUCGGCGGAGAGUACAGCGGAGUCAGACAGAGUUAACGAUAGUUUAGCGUUUGAAGACAUUCCUCACGUGCAGACAGUUUAUAUUCCUGAUUCGCGGUUUCCUAAUAUUGGAACCGGAACUAGCGGUAAAGAUACGACAAGGGGAGUGCCGAGUAGCAAUCAACCGGAAGUACAAGGUGAUUCGAGAGAGUUUGUCAAAAGCCACCACCCUAUAGCUGACAAUGUUACUUUGCAACAUGACAGAGACCUUACAACAGAACCUCUCCAGCCAGAACAACUGGCUCACAACAAGACAAACCAGAAUGGAAAUCAAAACUUUGAACCAGGAAACAACGUCCAAUUCAAAGUAUUGAGUCCUGUACGUAUGAGCCAUCUAGCAACUGCUAUUUUCGUUAAUUUAAAUGGCAGCAAUGAUCCUUCAGAUGACGGUAUUCCGAAUAAUAUCACAGAUACCUAUACCUAUAGAAAUCACUCAAAUCGUGCAUCAAAUGCAGGAAUAGACAAUGAACAUGCAUCCAGUAACCGUGAUGAGACCAAUGCAGACACAGGGCGCGAUAUAAUGGGGAUCAUGAGGAAAACUAUGAAGGUGUUCCACCGGUCUGUAGAUAAGCUUUACAUACCAAUUUUCCUGAAAAGGCGAAUUGCAAUGAAACACAGACACCGAAAGAAAGGUCAGAAGAUUGCUACACGGUCAAAGGAAGGAGUAGGAUAUCUGUUGGCCAAAUUUUUGAGGGAAAUCAAGGUGGAAAACGAAAGAAUAACAGGUUUCGCUCUUGAAAUGCCUGGAUUUCCCGGUCUGUGUACUGAUGAUCAGAUGCUGCUCCUGAAGAGGGCGUUUAUUGAGAUAUAUCUGCUUACAGCAUCAAAGGAGUCCAAUGAUGAGUGGCUUUAUAUCGGAGACAAUGCACCCGUUUUGAACCAAGCCGCUUUAAAUGCGCUGGUGGAUGACAAGUUGGUGGAUCAGAUCAAUCGGCUGCAUGAGCUGCUUGAGAGAUUUGGAUUAUCACAUCUAGAGAUAGGCCUGUUGUGUGCCAUCCAACUCACAUCACUCGAUGGAAUAUCAGUGGAAGACGCGAGUUCUAUCGAAGCUCUCCACUCACACUAUCUCGAUGUCUUCAGCUACAUGGUGUACUCCAGCCAGCGAGACAACAAGGCUAGAAUGGUAGUCGAGAUCUUCUUUAACCUCAUCCCGGUACUCAAGAGCUUGAGUGGAAGCGUCAACCGGUUCAUGGAGUCCGCCUUUCUAGAGGAGAACGCAGAGCAUUUGUUUAAGAACUUAUUGUAAUUAAACAGUCAUGUUUAUGACAUAGAUAAUUAAAGGUUACAGGGAAUCAGAUGACCUUGAAAAUAA